CAUUUUAGACUACCCAUAACAAUCUUUCGGGUAGUAAUGAUAUGAUACUUUCGGUAUGAUUCGUUACAUUUUAUUUGUUUAUACAAUUUAAGUUAUCCUUUUAUUCAGUGUUCACUGUAUGUGGGUUGAUGUGCGAGCUAAAAAAAAAAUGUUGUUAUGAAGGUCGAUAUUCUUCCUCUCCGGUGUUGGCUGCUGAUGACGGCGCUGAACUUCGCUCUAGCCCGGCACAAGUUAACCCCAUUAACCCCGAUAUACUACCAGGAUGGCGGGGAGCUAACGCUGGACGUGAGGCCUCCUCCUCCUGAACCUCUCACCAACAUCCUGUGGAUCUUUCAGAGUAACACGGUAGCUGAGUGGGUCAAAGAUGACUUUCUGACUUAUUACGGAACUUUUAUUGGCCGCACAGCCCUGGAUUUAUUCACUGGACGUUUGGUAAUCAACAAAAUAACUAAAGCUGACAUGGGGGUGUAUUCAGUGACAGUCAACAACAAGGUCCAGAAUGAGAAAUAUAACGCUGUAUGGAUCAAAGUAGUCCCCCAGCCUGAGGUAUGGAUCAGACCGUUCAUAUGUUCCCCCGCUUUUGACAGCUGUACGCUGAGCUGUUACGCGGACACCACAGACGCUGGACCGGUCACCUACAGCUGGAAGAUGGGAGACGGAGAGUGGAAGGAGUCGGGAAAGGACUUGGACAUCACCAAGAGUGGGACAUCAGAUGUGAAGACCUUCACCUGCCGGAUACAGAACCCAGUGAGCGAGAGAGACAGUGAACCCAAAAGAAAUCCGCUCUUAAAAGAGCCAGAAAGCUCUGGAGUUUAUUGGUGGAUUGUGGCUGCCAUUAUUGUGGUCCUCGCUGUUGUGGUUGUUGCGUUAUGGUGUUUCAACAUUCGAGGCGACACUAGCCUUGAUGCUACGGAUGAAUAUAGACCGCCAACACCUGCUGGGGGUACGGGAUCCGACAAUUUCGUUGAUACAUCCCAUAGCAAUGAAUUGCAAAGAGGACUGUGGAGGGAUCUGAAGCUUUGCUGUGACAGAAAGACUCAGAUUUAAUUCCACAUGUAACCAAUAUGCUGUAUGUUCAUGUAACAUAUUCAUGUAAGAAUAUCCUUUAUUAUUUUGGAUUGGCAACCACGUAAACACCUCGUAAUGCAUAGCGUAUAGCUACAUUUAAAAACAUCACAACAUCCCCACACUCGCCUACAUGGCACAAAAAUACCAAUGUGACAAGAAGUACUUAAUUGACCAGCAUAAUGAAUAACAUAAACCGUCAAGUGUUUCAACGCAUGCUUGAUACAAAUAGUGUAGGGAAACCGUCACGUUAUUUCUACUACACAUUUGUGCGCAUGCGCAUAUCGAAUCGUGCAGGCAACACGGAUGCAUACUACUCAGUGCGUGGCUGCUUGUUAAUAAAGGGCGCUUGGGCGAGAAAUAGAAAUAAAUAGACAUAAAUAGGCAACAUAAAGUCAUUCCGCACGUUGUAAUCAAAACAAUACACAUACGAUUGUGUACUACUGCAGGUUAUGUUUGUUAAAUGAAGCCCAAAAUAUAUGGUUAACAUUAACCAUAGCUAACGUCAAUGGUAGUUAGCAGCUAGCUAACGCUAGCUAGAAGGGUUUGUCGUGACUUUGCCUGGAACGCUACCUGGUCGUGAGUCGUGACUUGGAAGUCGUAACUUACGGGAUAAAAAUUCUGUCUGCGACGCAGCAUAAAACACAAAGAUAAUAUAAAAAUAAAAAUAUUUAAUAGUUUACUCAUACGAUGUGCUGGCUGAUAGUAAUCGCCUCAGCGUUGACUAAAAAUAGGUUUUAAUUAGUUAACUAUUUUCUAUGUAAAUACAAGAUGUUUAUUGCGGUUUUAUGGGCAAUGGACCCCGAUAAAUGAUUUUUUGGUGACCUAAAGCUGGUCUCUAAUUGGUUUCUUGAAGAGUCUCCUCUGCGUCCCUGGUGAAUCAGAUUUGGAUACAUGUUAUUUUAUGCAAUCUGAUUGAUUCUCGACACCUGUCAUUGAACUUCACGCUCUUGGCCGUUAAACGACAAGACGAUACCGUAACUCCGCCAAAACCUUGCAAGCUGACGAUCACACAAAUCACUUUCGUGGAGAUGAUGGCAAAAGUUAAAUCAAAUUCUGUCAUUUAUAUACAAAAAAGACCUUUCUCCAUGCCUGGGUCUCGACCUCCAGGCUCACCAGCCUCCCUUCCAAGCCCAGCUAAGUGCCUCCAAGCCUGGGUCUCGACCUCCAGGCCCACCAGCCUCCCACCUAACACCCAACUAAGUGCCUCCAGGUCUGGGUUUUGACUUCCAGGCCCACCAGCCUCCCACCUAACCCCAACUAAGUGCCUCCAGGUCUGGGUUUUGACCUCCAGGCCCACCAGCCUCCCACCUAACCCCAACUAAGUGCCUCCAGGUCUGGGUCUUGAUCUCCAGGCCUACCACCCCAAUCUCCUAACCCCAUCCCACGUUCGCUGGAUGAAAAAAAGAGGAUAGAGGAUCUCGGACCGGACCAACCCGAUUUACAAAUCCAGCAGCAGGCCAGUGCAGUGACUGAGGAUGAAGCUACACCGGGGGCUUUACCCACUCUUGUUAUGCGAAACAGAGUUGGCUAGGUGGAUGUGGUGUUAGUAGCCGCGGCCAUCUUGAUAAUAGCAUGUAUACGUGCAGUUUAGUGUCCCAAGUAACCCCAUUUGUAUAGGUCCUAUCCCAUGACCAAUCAACUAUCCUAACCACUCAAGGUGAAAUGCCUAACCACAACCAAUCGAGCUUCCUCGUAGGGCGGGUCUUGGCCUGGCCCUAAUGGGAUUUGGGACGCUAUAAACUGCACGUAAACUGCAUGAAGCUAACGUUUUUUGGCAGAGUUAGCAUUGCUGAACAACUAGAUGAAGGCUACAGGAUUGGCAUUAGAAGGCACUACGGAGAGGUGGCAACAAAUCAACACAUACUUUUCCUUGAUAACCCAAAUACCCACUACAUCCACUAUUACGCACAUCAGCUCAACCUGAUAAUGCAACAGGCCACCUCUACCAUAUCCAAGGUGAGAAUUAUUUUUUCUAACAUUGGUGGAUUUGCCAGCUUUUAAGUCACCCAAGCGGACAUGUUUUCUGGAUAAAGUUGUUGCCCAUAGACUGCCAAGAUCCAGCCACCGCUGUUUUGAGAGCAUACAAGACUCAGAUGACUUUGACCCCAGUACUGUCAGAGAAGCAGUAGCCCACGCCAUGCUACUGGAGGAUCAGGAUUUUAAGUUCUUUCUGGAACUUUAUCACCACAUCAUGCCACAUGUAGACUUCCUCUAUGCCAAGCUCCAGAAGAAGAACAUUGAUUCAGUCCAUAUCAAAGGGAGCAUCCGACAGUUCCAACAGGAAAAACAAACGAUCAGGUAACUGUAUUCCUGUAAUAUUGAUCAGUAUUUGCUUUCUCUUUCAUUGUGAACUCUCUUUGUCUUUUGCCAAUAUUAUAAUAAAUUAUUUUCUUUGCAAAAACUCUCUCCAUUCCAUUGGUGAGCAAUUGAUUUUGAAUCGAAUCUUGAGCCCAAAAAUCGAUAUUGAAUCGGGACAUUUUCUGAAUUAUGCACCCCUAGAAAUCAAAAAGUCAGAAUACCAAUUUACAUUAUUGUCGUGCUGCAGAGAUGUCCUGCCCACGCUCUAUUGUUCUUUUGAAAGUCAUUGCAGAAGUUACAACUACUACCUUACCUUUACAUAGAGGUGUGUAUAUAUAUAUAUAUAUAUAUAUAUAUAUAUAUAUAUAUAUAUUAUUAAGCAAAUAAUGUCCCUGUCUGAAAUUGGGCGGUGCUAUACCUGUCAAUGUUUUUUUUUUUUUAUCUUGCUUCAAUUACUAGUUAAAGAAGAGAUGAGUUGAAUGUACAUCAUAUAAACAGAUCACAGGGUGAAAAGAUGAGGUCUUUAAAGUUACUGGACUAUUAUGUUUUUUAUGCACUGUCUCUUAUGCAUGUCUCUCUCUUGCUUAAGGAAUGUUAUACCUGUCAGUGUUUUUUUUUUUAUCUUUCUUCAGUUAAAGAAGAGAUGAGUUGAAUGUAAAUAUUGUAAACGUAUCAUAUUACACACGCUGUUAUGGCAAAGUAAAAAGAUGACGUGACUUUUUAAGUAAAGGUGUGUAAAGGUAGAUGUCAAAGCAUUUGGACCAUCUAGAUAUGCUAUAUAUGAUAUGAAUCAACCUGGCCUAACAUCUUUUUUUAAGCACUGUCUCUUGUAUUCUACAUGGUGUGUUUUGCUUUUAUUGUCGUCCUCAUUUAGUCACAUGUCAUCUUGUUGAUGAGGCAGAGAUCAGAGAAAAAAACCACUUGAUGCCACUAUUUUUUUAUUUAUUUACAAUAGUUAGCACUUGUUUUUUGAUUUGCUGUUUAUACAAUGUGCCUUAUCAAUAAAUCUGUGACACUGCUA